UGUGCCCUGUCCUUUUGCAGAUACAUGAUCAUACUCUGGGUGCAAAUCCCUGCCCUGACAGUGGACAUAGUCUGCAGAGACCACUUUGCCUUUUUUCUCUAGGAACCAUUCCAAACUAUCAUUGAAGGAGAACAGCAAGGCAAAUCCAAAUCAACUGGCCGGGCCCCUCGUGGCCCCACUUGGACUGAUGAAGAGACCAGAGUCCUAUUGGGUCACUGGAAUACUUUGCUGAUCCAGCGCCGGGUUCAAAACAUGCCCACCAACAGUGAUCUCUAUGCUGUCCUAGCCAAGAAGAUGGCUGAAGAGGGAUUCUUACGUACACGAAUCCAGUGUAACAACCGGAUUCGGGACCUUCGCAAAGCAUAUCGAAAGGCAAAGGAUGCUAUAGGCAAGGCAGGGGCGAUGCCAGUUCGCUGCCGGUUCUUCAGAGAGCUGGAUGAGAUCUGUGGAGGAGAAACAGAAACUGCCCUUCCUUCCAUGAGUCAAACUAUGAGGCUCCAGCCCUCCACUACCAUUGUUCAGCCAGGAUCAUCCUGGGAACCUAUACCAGAAAUUUCCUGGAAGGUGGAAGAGGACUCUGAGACUGAGGUGGCCUUUGAUGGGAUCAGUGAUACCACACAGCCCCUGCAGGAAGUAUUAAAGAUUAAGGUGGAAUCUGAACUUGAAGAAGAUACUGCUUUUCAGCUGGCUUUGCCACCUGUUUCUUCUUCGUCUUCUAGCACAGUGGCAAUUGCACCUACCCUGGAGGAGGAUCAGCAGUCUGCUUUCCAAGAACAGGACAUCCUAAUGCCUGCCAGGCCAGCUGCUGCUCAGGCUCCACAGCCAUUGCCCCCCACCUACAAUUCAGAGCAGAGGCUGAAAACAGGAGCUGAGGACAAAAUUGCCAUAGGAAGUCCAAGACAUGAUUCCAAGGCUGUGCCAAGGGCACCAGAUCCAGCUGUGGACAGGAUGGCACAGAUGAGAGCUAGAAGACGUCGGGCCAGGGAGGAAACCAUAGACCGUCUACUUGAGGAGAUAAGGGCUGGAAGGGAGGCCAUGGAUGCAACGUUCCGACUCCUCCUUGAACAGCAACGCUCGUUUCAGAACAGUCUCAUCAGGGAGAUGCGGCUGGCAAGGCAAGAACAGCGUCGGGCAACUGAAGCUGAGCUCCGAGCUCGCCAGGAAGAGUGGCAGCAGCAGAGGACUCAGCGUAUACUGGACACUAAUAGGACUGAGGCUGAGAUUGUUCGCUUCCGCCAAGAGCUCAAUUUCCUUAGACAUAAUUUUAUGGACUUUUUUUCAGCAGCAAGUUCUUUUUCCAUCCCUUCCCAACCAAGGACACCUUCCCCUGUGCCUGCUCAGAGGGACAAUCCUGGUCCUUCCAGAGCACACUGGGAAAGCUGUAUCCCCAGCGUAACUGAGGUGCAGGCACCUCUUCCAGACCCACAGAUACUCAGGGUGUCUUCAAGGGGGAGGAGAGGGAGGCCAAGAAAGCGUGGUGGUGCUACUAGAAAACAGGUCCACAGAGAAUAAGCAUAGUGGGGCUGAGUUAGUGCUUUUGGUGCGUAACUCCUGGAUUUGGUGCUAUCUAACCUUCUGUCUACCUCCUUUAUUUCUGCACUGACUGUCAACCUCUUUGGUUUUCAGCACUGUUUUUUUAAACCAACAUUUAAAAAAUGUACUUGAAUUCAAUCAGUGUUAAGCUUUGCAUUGCUGUUUGUUUAAUGUCUUUAUGUAGUAGUUGUUUUUACUAUAUGAUUUUCCAAUGAGUCUGUGAUUUUCUUCUUUUCCCUCCACUUAUGUAAUAAAUG